CUCCUCAACCGUCGUGUUCAUACCCUCAAGCCCACGAACAUUCUUCCCCCCCUUCUUUCUUGUCUCUUCAGCAGCCCGCGAGCAAACAACUCUGUCAAAAUGGCAGGCGGCGGCGUCAAGAAGCCCAUCAACAUUUUCAAGUUGGGAGACCUCGGUGAACCCGAGGGUGUCUUCAACUGGCGGCUAUGGUUCGCGGUCAUCUCCUUCGGCCUCAUGGGCGCAGCCCGUGGUGUCGAUGAGGGCCUCAUCUCUGGUGCCUUCGGCUCCAAGGAUUUCCAAAAGUUUAUUCACUACGAUCAAUACAGUGCUGCUGAGAAGACCAACAUCAAGGCCAACGUCUCCGCCAUGGUCCAGCUUGGUUCCGUUGCUGGUGCUCUCAUUGCCUUCGUUAUCUGCGACAAGAUCGGCCGUAUCUGGGCUACCCGCCAACUCUGCGUCAUCUGGAUCAUCGGUAUCGCCAUCUUCAUGGCCAACAACGGACACCUCGGCGCCGUCUACGCUGGUCGUUUCAUCGCCGGUCUCGGUGUAGGCCAGACGCCCGUCGUCGGCCCCGUCUACCUCGCCGAGAUCGCCCCGGCCUCUGUCCGCGGUCUAUGCACCUGCGUCUUCACCGGCUUCGUCUAUCUCGGCGUCGUGCUCGCCUACUUUACAAACUACGGCUGCCAGAUCAAUCUCGGCGACCACACCCACAACCGCUGGCUCGUGCCCACCUCCCUGCACAUCAUGUUCGCCGGCAUCAUCUUCAUCUUGACCUUCUUCCAAUUCGAGUCCCCCCGCUUCCUCGUCAAACAGGGCAAGAUCGAGGAGGCCACCGAGACCAUGGCCCACCUCCGUCACCUCCCCGUCGACCACGAAUACGUCACCCGUGAGAUCUACGCCAUCCAACACUCUCACCAAGAAGAGCUCGAGGCCACCAAGGGCACCACCUGGUUUGGAAAGGUCAAGGAGCUGUUCCUCGUCCCUAGCAACUUGUACCGCCUAUACCUCAGCACCAUGGUCCAGUUCCUCUCCCAGUGGUCCGGUGCCGGCUCCAUCACCCUCUACGCUCCCGACCUCUUCAAAAUUCUCGGCAUUUCGGGCCAGAAUGAGUCCCUCCUCAUCACCGCCGUAUUCGGUGUCGUCAAGCUUGUCGCAGCCGUCGGCUGCGCCCUGUUCUUGGUCGACGUCAUUGGUCGCAAGCGCGCUCUGCUCACGGGUAUCACCCUGCAGGCUAUCGCCAUGAUCUACAUUGCCAGCUUCCUCACCCACGUCCCGAAGCUCGGUGUUGACGACUCCUUUACGCUCCCUGAUAACCUAAUCGGCGUCAGCAAGGGCGCCGUCGCCAUGAUCUACAUCUCCGGCUUCGGCUGGGCCCUCGGCUGGAACUCCAUGCAGUACCUGCUCACCGCCGAGCUGUUCCCCCUACGUGUCCGCGCACUCGCUACGUCGUGGGCCAUGACUCUCCACUUUGCCAACCAGUACGGCAACAGUCGUGCUGUGCCCAACAUGCUGGCGUCCACCGCCGUCGGUGGCAUCUCCCCUAUGGGCACCUUCUGGUCGUUCGCCGCCAUCACCAUCGUCGGUGGUGCAUGGGUGUGGUUCUUUGUUCCUGAGACUUCCGGUCGUGCUCUUGAGGACAUGGACCGUCUCUUUGAGCUUCCCUGGUACAGAAUUGGUCUCCACGGUAACGAGGAUGCCGAUGCGAGAGAUGUUGUCUACAACGAGAAGCAGGAGGCUGCUGAGGGUGUUAUGGGAAUGUCUGAGCACGCGGAGAAGAAGUCUGCCCAGGUCUAA